AUGUCAGAGAUGUCGGGUCUUCUGGGCAAAGUGGCGGGUCAGCUAUCCGGGCAAAAGUCAUCCCAAUCCUCGAACGGAUCCUCGGGGCUCAUGCACAAAAUGACGGAUACUCUGACCGGCCAAAAGCAUCCGCAAGACUCCCAGAACUAUCAAGCCACGAGACCUUACUCGGAAGAACCAUCUGCCCUAUCAGGAUACCAGCCGGGCCAGUUUAUCCCGGCCGAAAGUCAGAGAUACAAUGAGCCUCGCUAUCAGGAGGGACACGGGAAUUAUGGCACCCCGAGUGGUGGCUUUGGAGGUCACGGCGAUGGGCGGGGAUUCUACCCCGGCGAAUCCACCAACGGCCAUGGUAGCCACGGAGGAUAUGGGAUCCCUGCUCCCCAUGAAAGAAAGUAUUCUUCCCAUCAGGCUGGUUACGGUGGACGUGGUGCAUCAGGUGGCCAUGACCUCGGCGAGCAUCGACGGGAGUAUCCUGAGGGUGGACACAACGCCCCAAGUAGCUAUGAGGGUCAUGGAGAGUACCGAGGCGGACAUAACGGUCCAGUCAAUUACGCUGCAGGCCAUGGCGAGCGUGGCGUCUCGCACAACAACAGCGGACAUGGUGGCUACGGAAGUGGCCACGGCCAGUACGAUGAAGCCUAUCACGGCGGCCACUAA